AUGCUCUUCCACUACGAUGGACAAGUAGACGCGUGGAUGGAUAUGGAGUGGAGUCCUCAAGCAAUUCAUGUAAUGGCUGCCAAUCAGACAAAAUGGUGGUAUGCCAAGCGGUUUCUGCACCCGGACAUCGUCGCGAGGUACAAUUAUAUAUUCCUCUGGGACGAAGAUCUCGGGGUGGAAGUUUUCCACGCUGACAGCUGGUUAAGGUUUGUACUUAAAAGUUUGCAGUACAAGAGAUAUCAUCCUUGUGCAACCUCGGGCCUAAACAAAGUUCUUGUCAUCGGCGACAGAUAUCUAAACAUCAUGGAAGAUGAAGGACUUGAGAUUUCUCAGCCUGCCCUCGCUUCAAGCCCUUCAGAGGUUCACCACAUUAUAACUGUACGCCAACCCACAGAGAGAGUUCACAGACGCUUGAUAACAGGAACUGGAUGGAAUUCAUGUAACGCCAAUAGCACCGGUCCUCCGUGUACAGGCUCCUUUCCGUGGCCUGAAUUUGACUUACUUUUUGCUGAGCAGAAUGACUUAGUUCAUGCCUGGGGUCUAGACUACAAGCUUGGUUACUGUGCCCAGGGAGUUCGCAGUGAGAAAGUGGGUAUCAUCGACAGUGAAUAUAUUGUUCACGAAGGCAUUCCCUCCUUGGGAGGUCAACCUCAUGACAAGACUGCAGAGAGUCAAACAAAUCUGAGGACUGCUAACGUGCUUGACGCUAGCCUCCUGGAUCCCGACGCUGUGGACACUCGAGGAGAGAUUAGAAAUAGAUCUAAAGUUGAGUUGCAAGCGUUCUCACGACGAUGGAGAAGAGCAGCUGCAAGCGAUCCAGAAUGGAUGGAUCCAUUCAAAGUAGAGCUUCCGUCCGAAGAAAACCAUUACGCUGUUGAAACCAAGCCAGAUGGAAGAUUUGCUCCUGUUGAUCCGUCGGCAAAGCAAGCCAAGAAAGCCUCGAGAAAUAAAGCCAGAGGACCGAAUAGGACAGGGUAAUGGAAAC